AUGUUGAGGAAACUAAAAUAUCAUGAAAAAAAACUGCUUAAAAAGCAUGAUUUUUUAAACUACAAAAAAGAUGAUAAUAAUCACAGAGAUGUAAAUGUUAUAAGACGAUAUCAUAUUCAAAAAAGAGAAGAUUAUUUUAAAUAUAAUCAGCUUGUCGGACUAUUGAAAAAAAUAGCAUACAAGUUAUCUUUACUUGAUCUAAAGGAUUCUUUCGGUGAUCUUUAUAAGAAAAUGUUGCUGGAAAAGCUUUUUGAUAUGGGCCUUUUAACUAGUACAUCAAAACUUUCUGAUGUAGAAAAUAAACUUACAGUAUCUGCAUUUUGUCGUAGAAGACUUCCUAUUGUUAUGUGUAGACUAAAAAUGUGCGAGACUGUUUCUACUGCAGUUAAAUAUGUUGAACAUGGUCAUGUUCGUAUAGGUCCUGAGGUUAUCACUGAUCCAGCUUUUUUUGUCACUAGGAACAUGGAAGAUUUUAUAACUUGGGUAGAUUCAAGUAAAAUUAAAAGGAAUAUUGCAAAAUAUAAUGAUAAACUCGAUGAUUUUGAUUUACUUCAAAUAUAA